GUGGAGGAAUGUGUAAACUGCCUAGCUUGUCAUCUAGCUUGUAUCUUGGCAGCGAGCUGUCUGACGUUAGCUCACUGACAAACUUACAUAGCUAGUCUAGCUAUGUCAGUAAUGCUGAUGUUUCUAAGUCCAACGUGAUAUUAUGACUACUGGUAAGCUAAUUAGCUAGCAAACAACAUAUGCUCAUCUAAAUACUAACUAGCAGCGUCUGUGCUGGAAGUGGAAUGAGCUAGCGAUUAAUGUUAGGCUAGUGUAUUUUAAUGCCCGACGAUUUGGAUAGCCAGGCGGAGGACAUCUGGGCUCGCCUGAAGCCGAAGGAGCCGUUACCGUCUCAGUGCUGCGGUAGCGGGUGUCGUCCUUGUGUUUUCGACACCUAUCAGAAAGAAAUUGAGAGAUGGACCAGGGCCAAAGAGAGGGGGGAUCCCACACUUCUCACGGGGAACAGUCAGUCAGUGCAGAGGAGGGACGUCGUCGCUCUGAGCCCAGAAUCCUUCAUCGCCUUUCAGCUGGAAUCGGUUGAAGCUUUAACAGAGGACACAAAUCUCUACAGAUUCAAGCUUCCAUCUGCUGGCAGUCUAGGACUACAACUUGGACAGCACUUGGUGCUGAGAGGUGUUGUUGAUGGUCUGGAGGUUCAGAGAGCAUACACCCCCAUCAGCCCAGUGACUACGCAGGGGAGCUGUGAGUUUCUUAUUAAGCUGUACAAAGAUGGCCUCAUGUCCCAGUACAUCAGGACAUGGAAAGCAGGGCAGAGUAUUGAGUGGCGAGGCCCAUUCGGAGGCUUCUCCUACAAGUCAAAUAAGCACGGGCAGCUCCUGAUGAUUGCCUCGGGUACAGGCAUUGCGCCUAUGAUCCCUUUGCUUCAGGCCAUCACUGACGAUGAGGAGGAUGAGACCUUCGUCAUGCUGGUGGGCUGCUUUAGAACAUACAGAGAUAUCUACAUGAAAGACUUCCUCCAAGAGCAGGCUCAUUUCUGGAAUGUCACAACAUAUUUUGUGCUCAGCAAGGAGGAGAGCCUUGAAAACCUGCCCUGGAGUUACCGUGAGAAGACCCAUCUUGGCCGCCUGGAUAUGGACGUGGUGCACACUUUGGUGAAGUCUUGUCAGAAACCACCUUUCGCUCUCAUUUGUGGCUCGGUAGAAUUUAAUAAUGACGUGUUCGACCUACUGAGAAGAGCUGGGCUCGAUGAAGAGUCCUGUUUCAGAUUUUGAAUCCUUGGGCCGGAGGAUUCCCCUUGAAGAAGCAAGAAACAGGAAGCAGAGUGGGUGGAGUUUCAGAGUCAUGGGACU